AGUCUUUCACAAUGCAGGCACAACCGCAGAAGCCAAAAAGAGAUCCAAUCCACUCUGUCCAAGUUUUUGGCAGAAAGAAAUCGGCAACAGCCGUAGCUUAUUGCAAAAGGGGUAGAGGAGUCUUAAGGGUAAAUGGCAGACCUCUUAGCCAAGUUGAGCCCAAAAUGCUCCAAGAUAAACUUCAAGAACCCAUUCUUCUUCUUGGAAAGGACAAAUUCUCUGCUGUUGACAUCAGAGUUAGAGUAAAUGGUGGUGGACAUGUUUCCCAAAUUUAUGCUAUUAGACAAGCUAUAUCAAAGGCUUUGGUAGCUUAUUAUCAAAAAUAUGUUGAUGAAGCAUCAAAGAAGGAAUUGAAAGAUAUCCUUAUCCAAUAUGACCGUACCUUGUUGGUAGCAGAUCCCCGUCGCUGUGAACCCAAGAAAUUUGGUGGUCCAGGUGCUCGUGCCCGCUACCAAAAAUCUUACCGUUAAGUUCUUUUUUAGAUUUAAUAUUGUGUUUCUUGUAUGUAUUAAGAUAUCUUCAAUAAACACAAGUUUUUCCU